AUGGGACCCCAAUAUCAAACCACUUUCAGCAUCACCAAGGAACCAAGCACAGGAAAUUGGUGGGUGCGUAUUGGCCAAAACGUUCCUGUGGGAUAUUUUCCUGGAGAGCUCUUCUAUUAUUUGACACGCGGUGCUGCAACAUUAGUUGAAUGGGGAGGAGAAGUGUUUAGCUCCAAGGUGAAGCAAAAUCAUCCACACACUGGAACGGGGAUGGGAAGUGGAGAUUUUGCAUCGGGCAAAUUGGGCAAUGCAUGCUAUGUGAAGCAAGUUAGGAUUAUAGAUUAUUCAAAGCAAUUGAAGUACCCAGAAUGGGUAGGCACUUAUUCAGAUGAAGAGUAUUGCUACUCUGCAUUGAACUAUGCUCUGUCACUUGCUCAAGAACCUGUGUUUUACUUUGGCGGACCGGGUCGAAAUCCUCCUUAUUGUCCCUAA